AUGACGCUUGCCGAGGAGUUCCGCUCACGAAACUUCAGCAUUUACGGACAAUGGACCGGUGUGCUGGGUAUGAUUCUUUGCCUGGCGCUUGGAAUCGCCAACAUUUUCACCGUUCACGUCGUUCGGAUCAUCUUCUCCGUUCUUGCCCUUGCUUCGACCUUUGUGAUCCUCUUCAUUGAAGUUCCCUGGCUCCUCCGCAUCUGCCCCACCUCCUCCACAUUCGAUGCCUUCAUCCGUCGCUUCACAACAAACUGGAUGCGAGCUGCCAUGUACCUCGUUCUCAGCGGCAUCCAGUGGGCCAGUCUUUGCACAGGCGCUUCCAGCUUGAUCGCUGUGGCCGUUGUCCUCAUUAUCGCCGCGCUGUUCUACGCAUUCGCGGGUCUGAGGAACCAGGAAUUUGUUGGCAGCAAGACCCUGGGUGGUCAAGGUGUCGUACAAAUGAUCGUUUAA